UCCCCUUGUUAAGUGAGACGGUGCAGACUCGCAUCUGACUUUUUUUUAUAAACUUUUUUUUCAGUAUCAAGCAAACAAGUUGUCAUCUGAUAUAUGUGUAUUAAUCUGCUUCGUCCAGAGCAGUCAUUCCUUACACGAAAUACCUUGUUUUCUUACAUCUAUAUGAAGUGACCUGACGGUGACCUAGUUGACAGAGAGAGAGAGAGAGAAAAACAAAUCCCUCAUGGCUUACGUCAUAGCAAAAAAGCCAACACCGAAAUUGUCGUACCUGCCUAAAUCCGGGUGUCUGAAGACGGGCAGACGUGUGGUACUGGACUAUUUCCGGUCCUCGGACGAGACGGAGGUACACGAGAUUCUCGUUUACGUCGUGAACGAGGAGGGAGAUUCGUACCCAUACUUCGACAUGUCCGACAUCGGGGAUUUCCGGAAUUAUUACCUGUCACACGACGUCUUCGUGUGUCGCGACGCGACCACGCACGAAGUCCUCGCAGCUUUCUACGUGAAGCCGAACUUCCCAGGGCGGUCGUCCCACAUCUGCAAUACAGGAUUUAUCGUCAAGAAGAUACAACGAGGAACCGGAAUCGGAAGUUUCCUCGUCCCAGAAUUCCUGCAGAUAGCACGUGAUCUAGGGUAUCGCGCGUCAUUCUUCAACCUCGUUUACGCGUCAAACGCGUCAUCCAUAGCGCUCUGGCGGAAGUUUGGAUUUAAAGAAAUCGGCGUUGUUCCGCAAGCUGGUUAUUUCGAAGGGACAGGUUAUAUUGACGCUUUGCAGUUCUAUUAUGACCUUACAACUGUUCCCAAGACAACACCAGAUAAAUAAAUAGAAAUAUAAAAAUAAAUAUUGACCGGUGCAAACUUGAA